UCGCGUCCCCAGGAACGACUCGGCGGCUGUUUCUCUCUCUCUCUCUCGCUUGCGCGGGAGAUGUCGAUAUUCGAGUGCGCGGCUCCGGCUGAGCAGUGGCUGGCGCACGGACACAGACGCGCGCGAGUCUAAAAUUACUCGGCGACUGCGCGCGUAGUAGUGUAGUAGUAGCAGCGAGUAUGAGGCGCUCGGGUGGGGCAAAAAAGAGUGAGAGAGAGAGAGAGAGAGAGUGAGGAUGGAGGGGACGCAAGAGAGCGAACGAGGAGAGUCGAGAGCGCAGCUCGCCAGGCCGCCAGUAGGGAGCUUGUGUGUGCCAGCCGACGCAACUCGCUGCUGCAGCUUCCUCGCGCGACGCACGAGGAGCGAGAGAAAGAGAGAGAGAGAGAGAGAGUGGAGUCUCUUGCUCUUCCACGAAGACGACGACAACAACAGCAUCGGAGUUUCAGUUCUGACGCUCUGGGGUACAGUGCGCGACGUACAGAGAUUGACCGAAUCGGUGCUACAGUGUGUGCCGCUCGCUCGUAAACACAGAGAGCGAGAGAGAGAGCAGAGGAGGGACGGCGAGCUUGCAAGCUCGAGCUUUCGUGCACAGCGAAGAGUGAGUUAGAGGGAGAGAGAGAGAGAGAGCCGGCAGAGAUGGCCGACAACGAGGAAAACAACCAGGAGGACUCGCUCGGGCCGACCGACGCGACCACGGCCUUCGCCAAGAAGCUCCGCGGUCGCAAGGGUGCCCUCAAGAAGAAGAACGUCUACGUCGUGAAGAAUCACAAGUUCAUGCCCAGAUUCUUCCGGCAGCCGACCUUCUGCAGCCACUGCAAGGACUUCAUAUGGGGCUUUGGAAAGCAGGGUUAUCAGUGCCAAGUAUGCAGCUUCGUCGUGCACAAGCGAUGCCACGAGUACGUGUCGUUUACGUGCCCUGGAGCGGACAAAGGCGCCGAUUCCGACGCCGUGAACGUGCCACACAAAUGGGAUGUUUUCUCGUUCCUGACGCCGACCUUCUGCGACCACUGCGGCUCGAUGCUUCACGGCAUCGCGCAUCAGGGACUCAAGUGUUCAGCAUGUGACAUGAACGUGCACAAACGAUGCGAGGUGAGCGUGCCGAAUCUCUGCGGAUGCGACCACACGGAAAGACGAGGACGUAUAGAGCUCAACGUGUCAUGCAAUGGGAACAAGCUUACAGUCGAAAUCAUACAAGGACGAAACCUCAUUCCAAUGGAUCCAAAUGGUCUGUCGGAUCCAUACGUCAAGCUGAAAUUAAUCCCGGAGGGCGAGAACAUAAAGAAGAAAACGAAGACAAUCAAAUCGUCGUUGAACCCGGAAUGGAACGAGACAAUCACUAUCGACCUGAAGCCGGACGACAAGGACAGGCGACUCCUGCUGGAGGUCUGGGAUUGGGAUCGCACGUCUCGCAACGACUUUAUGGGCUCCCUGUCCUUCGGCAUCUCCGAAUUGAUGAAAGCACCUGCCAAGGGCUGGUUCAAGCUCCUCACCCAGGAGGAGGGCGAGUUCUACAACGUACCAGUACCCGAGGAAGGUGUCGACCUCGCCGAGCUCAAAUCGAAAAUGCGGGUACGUUCGAAAACAUCCGUCACGAAGAAAGCCCCGACGACGCAGGACAAGGAGGUGCCGCACAACAUGGGCAAAAGCGAUCUCAUCCGAGCCUCGGAUUUCAACUUCUUGCAAGUCCUCGGCAAAGGCAGUUUCGGCAAGGUUCUACUGGCCGAGCGAAAGGGUACGGACGAGCUGUACGCGAUCAAGAUUCUGAAGAAGGACAUAAUCAUCCAGGACGACGACGUCGAGUGCACGAUGGUGGAGAAGCGGGUGUUGGCCCUGUCGAACAAGCCGCCGUUCCUCGUUCGACUUCACUCCUGCUUCCAGACAAUGGACCGGCUCUACUUCGUGAUGGAGUACGUGAACGGCGGCGAUCUUAUGUUUCAAAUCCAGCAGUGCGGAAAGUUCAAGGAGCCCGUAGCAGUAUUCUACUCGUCGGAAAUAGCGAUCGGUCUGUUCUUCCUCCACUCGCGAGGCAUAGUCUACCGGGACCUGAAGCUCGACAACGUCCUGCUGGACCAGGACGGCCACAUCAAAAUCGCGGACUUCGGCAUGUGCAAGGAGGGCAUCAGCGGUGACAAGACGACCAAGACCUUCUGCGGGACGCCCGAUUACAUCGCGCCCGAGAUCAUCUUGUACCAACCCUACGGUAAAUCCGUCGACUGGUGGGCUUACGGUGUCCUGCUGUACGAGAUGCUCGUCGGUCAGCCUCCUUUCGACGGUGAGGACGAGGAGGAACUUUUUGCUGCCAUUACGGACCAGAACGUCAGCUACCCCAAGGGUCUUUCCAAAGAGGCCAAAGAGGCGUGCAAAGGGUUCCUGACGAAGAACCCGAGCAAGAGACUGGGCUGCGGCUCGCGAGGCGAGGAUGACGUGAGAGGCCACGCUUUCUUCCGACGCAUCGACUGGGAGAGGAUCGAGAACCGGGAGGUUCAGCCACCUUUCAAGCCAAAAAUCAAACACCGACGGGACGUGAGCAACUUCGACAAGCAGUUCACGUCGGAGAAGACGGACCUCACGCCCACGGACAAGCUCUUCAUGAUGAACCUGGACCAGACGGAAUUCAUGGGUUUCUCGUUUCUCAAUCCCGAGUACGUUCAGCACAUAUAAGCAGCGACAGCAACAGCAGCAGCAUCAGCGGAUUUACACGCUUCCUCAUCGCCAAAAAGACACGUAUAGACGAGACAGAGAUGGAGCGCGUGUCUCUCGACUUGUCUCUCUCUGCUCGUCCCCCUAUUAUACGUCCUUGCCCCCUUUCGCAUUCCCCCGCGCUGUACGAGGGAACACUGACGUUUUUUCCUUCUCUCUCUCUCUCUCUCUCUCUCUCUCUCUCUCUCUCUCUCUCUCUCUCUCUCUCUCUCUCGUUCUCUUUCUCUCACUCACUCGAACCUCGCGUUUCUCAUAAUGUAUAGGCAUAUACGUGUGUGACACCGCAAGGAUCUAUCAACCGCGGAGCGGAUGGAAUAUGUACGAGAGCUGUAGGGACGAAACUUCGCGGUCCGUUUUUUCUUAUGUACACACCACACUUAUACACACAUACACCUACGCAUGGUCUCGUCCGUUGUAUUGUGUACAUUUCGACGAAUAGAAGGAGGAAAGAGAGGAGAGGGCGAGUGAUAAGAUGUAAUGUGAAUUGUAUCGAAUUCGCAAUCGAAGUAAACAAAAAAAAAUCGUUGUACAGGGGAUGGAUUGCAUGGCGCCGAGCGCGAUCGUUUCCCCCCUUUUUCUAAUGUAUUCAGUGAGAAACGAGAGUGAAAAAAUGAUAUCUAGAGAAGAAAAUGAGGAUGUUGGAGCGAGCUCAUGAAGGAUAUACAUGUUACACUCAAUUGUCACGCGACAUCAAAUAUCGCGCGGGUCGCGUUUCAAUGCAUUCUUUUCAUUAUUAUUAUUGUUUAUCAUGCAUAGCGCAGAACUUGGGAUAAGUGAAUCUUGGCAGCGUGAGAGAAAGAGUCAAGCGAAGACUUGAAAGAGAUCAUAGAAAAAGGGCCGAUCACAUGUUGAAUACGCGGGACGCAUAUAGCCGAUUCGAAUUUUUUUCUCAUCGUUCUAGGCAUAUGAUACUAUAUACUUUAUUCUUCGCGAUGAUACUCGAAACAAGAAUAUAAUUAUAACGUAUGAACAAGAUGAACACACACAUACACACACUACUGUCUUUUAAACUGAAACAAAGAGUGGACGUAAACUAAUAAGUCUUACUAGAAUCUCGAAGAUAUAUCGAUGUUUUCGGCAGAUCGUAUAUGACAAUUACGUAGGACGUAUAUAAGAGCGAGAUAUAAUAUAUACAAGCAAGAAAUAAAACUGUCUUCGUUUCUUGCGUAUAUAUACAUACAUAUAUUAUAUAUGAGGGAAAAAAAUGCAUUUACUUCAGUAGUCUCUACUGUCGCCUUCCAAAGUUAUCUAUUGAACGAGAGUGAAUGAUAUAUGAAUCUAUUUAUCAUAUAUAUGAUAUACAUACAUAUAUUAUAUAUAUGCACAGAACACAUGCGGGAUACGUAUACAUACACACGCAUAUAAAUAUGUAUACAUCAAGUUUCUAUCGAUAUUUCGUUAACGUUGCACCUCUCGACUGUUUAACUUCGUAGUUCGUACACUCUAUGAUAAUUGUAGAUAAGCGCGCGCGCGGGCAUAUCGAUUGCCGAUAUAUUAUGCGAGAGCUGAGCGAGAGAGUAGCAGGAGACGAUGAGUAUAUGUGUCGAAGAGUAAACAGACGUGAUGACGACGACGACGCAAGAGGCGUAAUAAUAACGACGAUAUACAUACUAUACAAAAUAUAUAGAGAGAAAAAACGAGGCUAUACACGCCGAGAGUUUGUUUUACGUCGUUGACGGCGCAGGAGACGUGGAUGUUACGGAAAGAGAAGAGCAGGAAAUACGAAAUUCAAGGAGAGAACGAAGAUGAAAAAAAAACGCGCAGGAGAAAAUCGCAAAAAAAAUUAAAGAGCGAGAGAAAAAAAGAAACAAAAAAAAUUGAUUACACAAGUGUGCGAGUGGUCGAUCUCAUUUUUCUCCCUCCCUCUCGAUCUCCUUUUCUCAUUCUAUUGUUUCCCGCCGAAAACGCACUCGGCCUUACUAUACAUAUAUCGUAAAUAUAUAUUAUAUAUAUUAUUGAGAAAAAGAAACUAUGUAGCGACGGAAGAGAGAAAAUAAGAACAAGUGGAAAGGCAACUUUUAGGUGCUUCUUUUUAUACUCGUUAAACACUAUUGAUAUUAUAUGAGGAUAAAUAUUAUUAUUAUGCAUACAUACAUAUAUAUUAAACAUUAAUAUUUAAUUAUAGAAUUUCGAUAGCCGGGACUUGUAUACGGGGAGAGAGCUGAAUUGCGCGAGCCGCCGUUAGGAACCACGACGGAUAACACGUAUAUAGAUAUUGUAUGUGUAGAUUUCUUUGAUUAAGGCACAAAAAAUUCGAAUCGAUUAUUGCCUAUACGAAAGAUUGAAUCUCGUUUCAUUCUGUUGUCUAUAUACUCGCCCGCAGUGAGCGUGAAUUUCGGCAAUAAUUCUGUUCCAGCAAUAAUCAAUCCAAAAGAAUCUCACUUGAAAUUUUUUGUGUCCUAAACAAGCGCGUGCGUGCAGUUUAGUUAAGUAUGUAGUAAUUUUAAGUUCGAAAGCAAAUGUGUCAAAUUUUCUCGUACGUUGCGAAUUAAUGCCAAAAGACUAUACAGUAAAGUGGUUGUCCGUCGUGCAAGUUCGCGUUCAUUUUUGUACAUUUAAUUUUCGCGGCUCACGCGCCUCCUCCUUCGCUCGUGUCCCGGCGAAUUAUCGAGCACCUAUUUGAUGCAUACAAGUAUAGGAAAAAUUUACUAAAAAAAAAUAUAAUAUACCGUUCACGAGAUACACAGCUCAUGGACGCGAGAAAAAAAUAAUCAUCAGUCCUGCUGCACGACGCGAAGCGCUGGUCGUCCUUCGACGAGUAAACGCGACAUAUUCCAAGUACGCGCGAGUCCUAGGGAAUUUACCUAAUUACAUGGAUUUAUGCGAAGUGAAAACUUACGUCUAAAGUAAAUGAAUUAUUAUACUAAUAUGAAUCUCGAGGGAUUUGUUGGGAGUGUAUACCUAGGCGAAAGAGAGAAUAUGAAAACUAUUUUAGCGGUUGUGUACACAGAGAGAGAGAGAGAGAGAGAGAGAGAGAGAGAGAGAGAGAGAGAGAGAGAUAGAGAGAGAGAGAGAGAGAGUGAGAGUGAAAAAUGCGGCGAAGAGCCUUUUUCGUUCGGAUUCCGAUCGCGUCCGAAUUUCUAUGACAAGCUCUCCAUCGCAAGAGUUUCAUCGGUAUGGUUGAAUUCCUUUCGAUUUUUUUCGUUCAUUCGAUAAUUAAAAAAGAAAAGAUGAAUAAAUCAGUAACAAGCGUAUUAUGAUAUUGCGAGGCACGUUAUGCUCACACACGUAUACGUUAUAUAUCAAUGAUGAAGGAGAAAAGAAACUCACAUUUGUCGUUUACAUGUAAUAUGGAUAUAAUUAAUUAGUUGAUAUAUUCAGACGUAAUUUGACAAUCCUUGUAAAUGUUUUUAAGUCUGUGCUCUUUUACUGUAAAUAAUACUAUUACGAGAUAAGGAAAAAAGGGAUAAGAGAAUGAUGCGUGCGCGGAUUGAAAAAAAAGGAUAUAUUAUUCUUUCUGAGGUAAUGCGAUAUUUAAGGUUUGAAAAAUUCAAGAAAAUGUCGAUAAAAAUUGUUGAUAUACUACCAUUUAAAGCAUAUUUUUAACAACUAAAGAUCAGAUUAAUAUUACAAACAAGUUUAUGAAUUCGAAAUCAAAUUUAUGAACAUCAAUAAAGUAUCUUGAUAUCAACACAGCAUACUGCAUAAACAACAAAAAAAUCUAGUCAUCUUCGACUUUUUGUGAAUAUACAUAUUGCAAACUUUUACUAAAAGUAAUCGAGAUACCCGUAGAAAACUCGUAAGGAACAAGAAGAAAAAAAAACAGAAAAAAAAAAUAUAAUAAUAACGAUAAUGAAACAUUUCAGUGGAAAAAAAUACCUCUUACUCACACAACUAUAAUAUUUCCAGGGCUACGAAGUACUUCGUUUGAUCCAAAUGAGUUUUUAUUAAUUUUAAAAAGAAGAAGAUUCAAAAUCUUUCUUGUAAAACUUAUAUAUCUUUUAAUGAAGUGAUCAUUUUUUGAACAAUUAUGUAUUGCUCAUUCGAAAUAUGAAAUAUACUUAAUAAUCUCAUUUCUGUUUACUUUUGUUCUUAUUAUUUCACCCAUUACAUCUCGAACAUAUGUAUACGCAUACAUACCUGCGCCAACGAUGCAUCCUGGCCAUCUCGUCAUUUUGUAUACCAAAAGAUUGUACAUAUCAGUCGUGAUUAAGUUGUUUUUUACAUUCUUUUAUCAUAACUAUCAGCAAAGAUUUAUCACUCGCGCAUACAAUACCUUCUCCGAAGUACAAAACUUACGAUAUCACUUACAACAAAUCGAUGAAAAGUGCGAGAAACAAAAAGCACAAAGAAAUUUGGAAUGAACCAAGUCGUCCGUAGCUCUAGAUCUUGCCUGUAAGAAGAGAGCGCCCCUCGUUUUUCAAUCUUGACCCUGUAUAGCAGCAAAAGUGGUCCAAGAAAAUCCGAACAAGCGUCCGGUGCGAUCGAAAAAUUCUUCGUUUCGCUUUUAUCUCCAACGCGUCCGCAGUAACAGCAGUCGUGAGUUAUGGUCGCAGUUUCUCGCUCUCGAUGAUAAAAGCCCGACGUGUACUGGGGAAAAGUGCGUUAAUGCGAAUCUUAACGCGCGCGAGUUUUAUGCUCGAUUUUAAGGAGCGAAGUUUGAGUAUAUAUUUCAAAAGUUUUUAAUCGAAGACGGUAUAUAUGCAUAUCAGCGCGGCUACGAAUAAUUAAGCGACACAAUAACAUAACGGCUGUCCUCUCUGAGUCGCCCACUCGAGAAAACUCAUCCCUAAUUCCAUCGCGUCGGAAGAAACGAACGAGCGCGUGGGUGAAAAUGGUACACGCGAGAAAGCUUUAUAACUCAUUAAAGCCGCGCGUCGGACGAAUUCAUCCCAGACGGAAAAACUGGAGAAAAUCCCCGCGACGCUUUUUACGAGAGGGACUAGCUCGAGCUUUACGACUUUCGCGCUGCUGCUAAUACUGCCGCGUCUUAUAUAAUUCCUAGCUGACCCCUUUCCGUUCUAGGUAGGAGAUAUUGUAAGUACACAUAGCGAAGGAAAGUAUAGGAAAAAAAAAAAUAUAUAUAUAUUUGAACUCGAGUCUUCCAGAGUGUGGGUAUGUAUAUGGCGGUGCGAGUGUGCCGCGGAACUUGUUACUUCCUAGAUAAGUUUCUACGCUCUGCUGUAGAUCUGUGUAGCUCUGUAUAGGUCGUGUACACGCGUAUGUUAUUAGGGUAUGUAAUAGGGCGGCGUUUCGCGUUGCUUCGACGAUCUCGGGCUCUGUAUAGGAACAAUAAUUGUAUCGAGAUUUUUAGUGCUAAUUAUAGCGAACAUAAUUAUGUAACUCUACUACUCAUCCGCGUAGAGGUAGACACUUAGGUGAAAAUUAUAGACUUCUUUGUUGCACUUCGACGUCCCAUAAGUGGGACGACUGAGUGGAAAACAGAGGAGUGCGAAGGUUUAGUAAAGAAAUUUUUCUACUCUAUACUUAAAUGUUAAAUUUUAGCGUAUUUGCUAUUAUUCGUUGCGCUAUACACAUAUUAUAUAUAUAUAUGAUCAAAUUCGUAUAAAAAACGAGUUAUACAAGUCGUCUCACGGUGCUGUGACACUUUCAAAGAUGCGAUCGAGAGCGAUUUCUCUCUCCAUCUUUUUCCUCCGUGUAAAUUCUGUCCUCCGAUUAUGUAAAAUGUGUGAAUCGUGUAAAUCGCGGACACACACUACUUGUAUAAAUGAAGAUUAGGCCCCUUAAGGAUUAAAAAAAAAAACAAAGCUUAGAAAUUAAGAGACACAACAAGAUGAUAGUUAUCAUAUAUUCCGACGUUGAAUUUUUUCAUCCGAUAUGAGUACUGUAUCAUGUGAGAUUAUAUUAUACAUGUGUGUUCUUCGAUCAUUGAUGAUAUCCAAAGUGACCAAGUCAUAAACAAAAGACGUUGUGUAAGACGUUGUUUCGAGCGAAUCUUUUUUCAAGAUAUGUAUACUAUAUAUUUUCUUCCGUAGCGUAUAUGACUUCUUGGUGCAUCAUAAGAACACACAGACUCGUUAAUUGUGAGGAACAUAAAGCUGCAUAUGCCAAAUGAGAAAAAAGAUACAAAAAAAAAAAAAAAAAUAACUAUAUAUGAGAGAUUUUAUUUAUUUAUUUUCUAAAACUUAUCCCUUAUUGGAUCGUCAGUGUAUUAUAAUGAAUAACCAUCUACUUCGCUCGUGAUCGCCACACAUGACGAUAUUACAUAGAUAUAUGCUAAGGAAUCUCAGACCCGAAUAUUAUACCGAUAUAACAUUAUUAUAAUAUUACCGACAUAAUGAAAUAAUUAUAUCGUAUAUAUCAGUGAUUCUCGUUAAGACCGUCGUUGCGUGGACCAGCGCAGCGUGUACCUUCUACUCCGACAGACUAUAAUGCGAUUAAUAAACUAAAAGCAAAAAUGUUGAAAAAAAAAUGAAAAUUGUAUAUUAUAAAUCUCAGUAUAGAAAAGAAGACUCUUUGAUCGCUAUCACAUUCUAUUUGAGUUCGAUUAAUCUCUCGACAUCCAGAUGAAUUAUAUUACGCUAUAUAAUAUGUGCAACAAUCAAUUUUUAUCAGUGUUCUCUAUCACACACUCACACGACACGUCAAAGACCGUGUCUCCGAAAAUAAUUAAUACAAACGACAACUUACAUGAUUACAUACGUUUUAACUUGAGCAAGAAAUCAGAUAUGUAUCGCGAGAUACACGACACGGAAAUAGAUACACACAUACACACGACAGCAGGCAGAAACACACACUUGCAUAUGCUAUAUUUUUAAGAUGUUUUUGUGCAUUUAUAAUGUCGUAAUAAAAAGUUUCAAAUCGUGGAAAACAAUUAAACCUUA